AUGCGAUUGUUAGUAAUCUGUUCCAGGUUUGUUUCUCAAGGCAUGUCAAUGCAAGUGCUAGCAUGGACAUUUCACAUUGGGCUUACUACUGUCCACAAAAUAAUCUAUGAAAUGUGCAUGGUACUUUGGGAUACCCUCAAUCCUUUAUAUUUGAAGUCUCUAUCUACCAAGCAGGAUUGGCUUCACAUUGUAAAUGGUUUUAAAACAAGAUGGAACUUUCCUCAUUGUUUAGGAGCCUUGGAUGGAAAGCAUGUCACCAUUCAAGCACCUGCUAAAAGUGGAUCAUUGUUUUUUAACUAUAAGAAACAAUUUAGUAUUGUACUUUUAGCAGUCUGUGACAGCCAAUACAGAUUUACACUGGUAGAUAUUGGACCGUAUGGAUCUCAAAGUGAUGGAGGGAUAUUCAAAGAAAGCGUAUUUGGAACACGUUUUGAACAACAGGAGUUCAAUAUCCUUGAUCCUGAAGUUUUGGAUGAAACUUCCAAUAUUGAAAUGCCGUAUUUCCUUGUUGCCGAUGAAGCUUUUCCUUUAAGACAAUAUAUUAUAAGGCCAUAUGGAGGAGAAAAAAUUUAA